UCAUUCGGAAUGUCUCUGUUCCUAUCCUUUAUGGUUUUGCUGUUACAGUUAAAUGGAGAUUUACCUGAGGUGUCUACCUCCAUUCCAGCAUUAGAGAUCUACGUUAUGCUUCACUUGGUGAGUGGGGUCGUUUCCCUGGUUGUCUCCUCCUUCACUGUUUAUUUUAAACAGAACAGCGAUCAAUCAAAACAUCGAAAUGAGACAAAUGUGAAGGACGUACCCUCCAUCGUUUCCAACAGCAAAGACAGGGUCAACAAUAAAAGAUGGAAGGGCAUCUGUGAACGACUCAGAUCCGGGAUAUUCCUCAACCGACUGGGAUUUGUCGUGUCGCUUAUUCUUAUUCUAGCAGCAAACUGUGUAAUGCUAAACGCCAAAUUUGUCUCAACAAGCUGUGGCCAUUUUCUAUUGUAAACAUUUGACAUUAUUAUAUUGACUUUGGUAGUGAUCGUAAUACUGGUUCUGUUAUUGAAUGAUGACUGAAGGUGUGCGGAAUUACAACGUAUGACUGUUCUAUAGUGAAGAAACAUACUCAGUUUCUGUACCUGCAGCUAAAAACAUAAAUGGAACAACUACACGUAUAUAUAUAUAUAUAUAUAUAUAUAUAUAUAUAUAUCUUCUGUGUUAAU